AACUCAGGCGCUGGGGGACUCGGGGGCGUCCCGUUACUCCGUCGCGUUAUAACCCCUCGCGUUGCCAUCGUUACUCGCGGUGCUCACUCAGGCGGGGUGGGGGGCGGGCGACCAGACCCCGAGCAGGACUCUACGGGACUCCUGGGGAGGGGGGGGGGUCCCUCACUCGUCGUCUCCUGGAACCAGAGACGGGACCGAGGGGGACCAUGGCUGAGGAGGAAAGCGCAACAUCAGGCAGCUGGCGAAGCCUACUGGGCCGCCACGGGGCCCCGCGUUUCCACACGACCGUGCGCCUCGACACCAAGGGAUCGGCGGCCGAGCGACUCCUGGUGCUGACGGCGUGGAGAGGCUUCCUGUUGUCGACUCGCACCCCAAGCAAGGUGGAGUCCACGUUCCACUUUUUGGAGAUCCAGGCGGCCACACUCAAGGGCAACAAGUUGCUGCUAGAGACGGAGCGGGUCGGCGUCACCAUGACGAUGGGCUCUGCGGAGGAGGCCGACGUCGUUCUGGUGCACAUCAUGGUCGCCGCACAGGCCGCAGUGCCCGGGGUCAGCCCUCCUUUCUUGAAGAGGCUGACUCUGGACAUGCACGAGCGGGCGAACUCCUUGCAGACAGCCUGGGCCCGGCAGAGCAUUGUGGAUAUGGGGCCCUGUGGGGGAUUCUCGCAGACGUAUGCGUGCAUCUGUGAUCAGCUGGGCCUGCCCUGCAGGGAAGAGGUGCAGUGGGACGUGGACACCAUCUACCUGUCCCACGACUCACGCGAGCUCAGCCUCAAUGAUUUCAGCCACCUAGACGGCAGGGACCUGGUCCCCAUCGUUGCGACGCUCGAGUUCAGCUCCUGGUUCACCAAGCUGCACUGCAAGGACGUCAGGCUGUCUGCAGAGGUCUGCGAACAAGUGCUGCGCGUGAUGUCGCGAUCCUCGCGCCUGGAGGAGCUGGUGCUCGAGAACGUUGGGCUCAAGUCUGAUUUUCUGCAGAAACUUGCCGCGGCGUUGACCCAAAAUCCUGCGAGCUGCCUCCACUCCAUAAAUCUGUCCAACAACAGCCUGGAGGACCGAGGGCUGUAUCAGCUGAGUCAGCAGCUUAGCCGACUUGGCAAGGGACUACGCAGUCUCAACCUGUCCCGCACAGCGCUCACACUCAAAGGGGUGAACGCGAUGUCGCAGGCGCUGAUGACCAGCGAGUUGACCCUGAACUCGCUCACGUGCCUAGACCUCUCUAGUGUCGUCCUGCGCGCAGACGAGACGUCGAACCUGUACGCGUUCCUGGCGCAGCCCAACGCCCUGGCGGUGCUUGACCUGUCCGGCACGGAGAGCGUCGUGGAGACGAUGUUCGGGGCGCUCUUGCGGGGCUGCUGCCGGCACUUGCAGGAGCUGCGCCUAUCAAAGAACGUCUUUUCCUAUCGGAAGGCACGGGACGUGCUGCCCUCCUGCAGGCGUUUCUUCAGCAGCGCGCUCAUCCUUUCUCACAUCGACCUCUCCGACACCCGCCUACCGGCCCCCGCCGUCCGGGAGCUGCUGCUGGGGCUGGCAGCGAACAAGCACCUGCAGGACGUGUCGCUGGAGCUCAGCGGCUGCGAGUUGCGUCUGGAAGGAUCCAAGGCUCUCAAGUACUGCCUGGAGGACGUCCCCAACCUCUCGCGCCUCGACCUGGCCGACAACGGUCUGGAUAGCGAUCUCCUGUCGCUCAUGAAUGUCCUCGGCAAGAAUCGCUCCAUACGCCACCUCGACCUGGGCCGUAACUUCUCCAGCCUUAAGCCCAAGAUGCUGUCCAAGGUGCUGGACGGGGUGGUGCAGCUGAUACAGGACGAGGACUCGAUGCUGCAGUCCCUGUCGCUGGCCGACUCGCGGCUCAAGAGCGGCACGAGCGUCGUGGUGAACGCGCUCGGCAGCAACGCGUCGCUCGCCAGCGUCGACCUGAGCGGCAACGCCAUGGGGGACCUGGGGGCGCGCAUGCUGGCCAAGGCGCUCGCCAUCAACAGCUCGCUCCGGACGGUGAUCUGGGACAAAAACGGCACGACCGCCCAGGGCUUCCAGGAUGUGGCCAGUGCCCUAGAGAAGAACUACAGCCUGCGAUUCAUGCCCCUUCCCAUGCACGACGCGGCGGCCGCAAUGAAGACGCAGCCGGAGAGGACAGAGGAGGCCCUGCAGAAGAUCGAGAAGCUACUGUUGCGGAACCACGGGUCGCGGCGCUCCUGCCCGGAGCAGGCGUACCGCCUGCAGCACGGCAUCCUCGCCAGCACAUCCCAGCAGCUGGUGGACAGGAUGUGCGUGAGGGCCCAGGACCAGCUGAGGGCCCUGCAGAGCGGAGGGGUGGGGGUGACCGAGGGCCCUGCCCGCUCAGACAUGAUGCACGCUCAGGCCCUGCUGCAGGAGGCCAAGAACUCCAAGGCCCUGCUGCCCACGCUGUUCCACCACAGCCCGGGGGGGCCCGACCCCCUCAGCGUGCAGAUGGAGGAGACGACGGCGGAGGUGGCGGCUGUGCUCGACUCGCAGCUGCAGGCGAUGCUGGAGGCCAUGGUGCGCGUAGGGGAGGGGCUGUGCCCCCACACGACAGCGGCGCCGGGCGUCCACGCCGCCCUCCUCGCCGCCGGCGCUGAGAGAAUCUCCGUCCCGCGCUCGCUGGUGCGGAGCCUCGGCCUCGAGCAGGCGGCCGUGGAGCUACACGACAAAGCGAGCGAGGUACGCCUGUCCCUGUCGGCACUCCUGGCGGACCGCAUCACGGACAAGCUCUUGGAGCAGCUGUGCGGCGUCCACGCCAAGCUGGCUGGGCACCUGGCUGGCCACGGCCUCGCGCUGAGGGGGCAGCCGCCUCCCGCAGGACAGGCCUCACCGCAGGAAGACGGCGCUCGCUCCGAGGAGGCCGACAUCGUCACGAUGUCGCCCGUCUCACGCAAGCGGAGCCUUCGCAACAGGAGGAUGCGACCGGUGUCGCGUGCCUUCGCCGACGGUGUGCUGGAUGGCGGAGCCGCGGCUGCGACGGCAGCGCCGCAGAAGGGCGGCACGAGCGAGCCGCCGCCGAUGGACGUGUCGGAGCCGCCGCCAGGAGAUGCGGGGAGGCUGGAGCACGUGACCAAGGGGAGACCCAAGAAACCGGGUCGGCCGGGGCGGCAGCACCGCCCGUCCGUCUCCGCAAGUCUCCGCGGUGUUCAGGAUGAGGGAGCUGUGGAUGAAGGAAUCGCUGAGUUCUUCACCAAGAAAGUCCUUCCUCCUUCAGCCAGGCUCCAGGCUGUGGGGACAGAGAGGGGACAGCACCCACAUGGCAGGAAGGGCAGCUUCUUCUCCUUCCUGAAGCCCUGGGCCCCACGCCCACCGCAGCUCACGUCUCAGCCCACCUUGGAGCUGGGCCCGGCCUCCACAGCGCCCGACAGCUCUGAGUCGUCGCUGCCGCCGCCGGCAGUAAAGAAGGACGCGGCGGAGUUGGCGCGGGAGGGCCCCACGGAGGCGGUCACAGCGACGGAGGAGGCGGCGUCCCCCGUGGAGCGGUGGCGCAUGUUCGGCGUCCCCGUCAUGAUGCCGCCCCUUCCGGCUGGGCUGCCAUCCCAGCACCCUGAUCUCACCUCCGGCAGGACCAAGAAAUCGGAUUCGGUCAGCCAAGACGACGACUCCACGGAGAGCAAGAGCUACGUCCCGGGGCCUGGAGGUCAGCCAGGCUCCGGAGGGGAGAGGAGGAUGACCGCGCGGCGCCGGGCCCUGCAGCCGCCCACGAGCCGCGACCUCCGCGAGGACGACGGUGACGCGGCGCCGGAGGGCCCCGCGACGGCCGUCCGGCGGUGCCGCCCCAACGCGCCCAACGGGGAUGAGGGAGAUGGCGAGGAGAAUGCUCCGAGCGAGCCACAAGCGGCCUCCUCCCCUCGAAUUCCGAAGAAGCACGAGGCCGACCCGGCGCCCAAGGGGGCGGUCCUCCCCCGGGCCGCCCUGCAGCCUCCAGGUUCAGCAAAUCGGUGCCGCCCGGCCUCCAUGGUAGAGGAGGGCAGCCCCAGCUCGGUGGAAGACCACGUCUUCUCUGACCCUGCCCACCAAUCACAAGCCUCGGCGGCAAGACCCGUCACGGCGGAGGCGGAGCCUCGGAGGUCACGGAGGAUGAUGGUGAAGUGCCACUCGCUGGGGCAACAGGUGGACGAAUAGCCGAGGCGAAGGAGCAGGAGAGGCUGUGGCUGACGGCCCCGUGCCGUGCUGCUGAUGCUGGAACAGGCCUGGGCCACCGAAGCCCCCCGCCUGCUGCCCCGGGUCGAAGGAACCGAGCUUGAAUGAACCUCUUGAGCCGUGCGCUUGUCUCCCUUUAAGCGGUGCCUUAUUUCACACGCGCUCAUCUAACGGUCGCACGCUUCCUUGGAACGUGUUGCGUCGAUGUGUUCAACUGUAAACCCUCAACGCGCGAGCGUCGCUCACUCCGCGGUGCAUGUGAGCCGCGGGUGGCGGUGAGGGGCUGCUGGUUUAACUCUUGCUAGCGGGGCCACGCUCUGCGUUGUUGCCACCGGUUAUUUUUCAAAACAUGGGAAUCACGUUUUCGGGAUGGGUGGUGCAGUGAUUCGCGCUCUGUGCUAUGAACUCUACAACCUGAGUUCGAUUCCCAGAAACGGGCCGAUGCUGGGUGAGUAAAACACAGAUUCCAUUAAUUUGGACCAGUUCUGGGCCUCCCCUAGGUCCAGAAUCUGCUACAAUGUGUAAACAUCAACACAGGGGAAAGUAAAUCGGCCGAGUGUAGUACCGGCCACAUCUGCCCCUCUUGUGUGGCAGAGCCGGCUUUAAUAAGUGCUUGCUGACAGCACUUGCCCUGACGGUCGUAUGUAGGCUAUACGGGGGACUUUUAUACGAGGUCAAGGUAUAAAAGAGCCACUCCCAGGCUCUGGGGUAUCAGUGUUCAUUGAAUUCUUCCUUGCACCGAGAAAUGGAAACUGAGAUUUGCCAAGCCACGAUCGCCCAAGGUCCGGCGCCUGAAUAUCACCAGGGCCCUGUCCUAUGCUCCUCCCUACUGAGUCGUGCACCAUUGCUGUUGACGCCAUGAGCUGCUAGUGUCUCGUUAUAAACUUGAACUCGCAACUGGUUUUGGUUUUGUUUUUUGAGCGUUCUGGAUUGUUAAUGUUAUGGUCAGUAUUUUUUCAUGUUUUGCAGGGGCGGUAUUUUAAUAAUUGUCGUUCUGCACUGUUGCUAUGAUUCAUGCCAAGGAAUGUUCAAGCAGUGCAAACCAAAGGUUGCCGUGCGUGUGCGAACAAUGGUGGCUCAGUGGCACCGCGGCUGCGAGCGGAUGCGCAGUGACCUCUACUUCGUGGGGGUUCCAGAGACUCGGCAAAAUUAUCUCACGCCGGGCCACAAUCCCAGGCUGCAACGAUGGGUUACUUAGCAACCACUCUCUUAACGUAUCCCAAAGCGCACGCGGUACGCUCGGUAACAUAACCCAGCAGUGUUUUGUUGUCGUUGGUUUUGUUGCUGCAUGAAGGUGAAUAUGCUUGAAUGGAAAGUGGUGUGUCAGUGAUUUUCCACGUUAAAGAGACGGAAGGGUCCAGUGGAGAAUGCGGCGGGAGGUGAGGAUCGGGGUCAGAGAGACGCGGGUUGGCCGGGACACGAAGCCGCUCAAGUCUCCCGCUCGCUCCUCUUGGCAAUGGGUUAAAAGCGAUUGGAACCGCUACGACACUUGCGUUGAUUCGCGAUGCGUGCCCCGACUUGAUGAGUCAAAUCGCGAGGAGCGCGAAUUGUUAGGGGCGGGUCCGUUGCCUUUCCUCCCGGGCCCCUCAUCCAUGCUGGCGCUCGGCAGACGCGUGCAGUAUUGUAGCUGUUGAGUGUGCAGGCGGUGUCACUGCACCGGGGCCCACGGGCCAGAGGGCCCCAGGCACUGGGUUGCAAGGAAGGAAAUGGUAUACAAGGGGCCCCCAUUUCAUUCCUUGCAACCGGGGCCAUGCUGACCAAGAUACGUCGCACGGAGGACGCGUUGGCAAGAAGUCAUGAGGACGUUCAUCAUGGGUUUUUACAUCGAAUUUAUACCGUUAAUACUUUUUAUAUAACAGUUGGUUUAAUAGCUAUGUAACUUGUUGGUAAACACGUGCAAUGUCAUGCUGUGCGCGCACUGUAAACCUGAAUUAAAUCGAGGUUCGCACUGA